AUGAUGCGCCCACGGCCUGCGUCUUCCUUGCAGAAGACGUACGACGAGUGCUAUCUCGCGUGCUCCACUGCGGUGUACUUUGAGGGCCAGGUAAGUGCGCUAGUCCCCGAACACCCGUUCCCCAAAGACUCACUGUAUCAGAACAACGAAGAGGAAGCAUUGCGGUCCUGGCGAUCUGCCCUUGAUGUUAUUUACCAUCACAAUGCCCGCCGCGUACCCUCGAACUACCACCCGAAAUCCGAAACCGAGAAAGCCCUUCAAGACUCCAUCCGAGCGCUGGAGGUUCAAUGCCGAGAACGGGUCGAUCUGCUCGGCGCUCUUCAAGCAAGCAGGAAAGAAUCUGGAGAUGCAAGUAGCAGCAAAGCAAGCGCUACUCUUGUCAAGGGUAAAUUCCAUCCAAGCAUACCGAGACAAUCCUCGAGCAACUCACCCGGCUGGAUCGGAGAUGGAACAAUCCCCGCCGUGGACUACACCGACCUUUCCAAACCGGCCGCUAUCCCCGGCCGCCCAGCGCUGCCAGGGAGACACAGUACGGAGUCGCCGGCGUCCUUCGAAGAUGCCAGUCCGGCGGCAAUAUCAGCGGCCGGUGCGCCUGCGCUGCGCGUGCACUCAAAUUCUUCAAGCAAAUCAAAGUCGCGGGGAUCCAGUCAAGAGCGCCGGAAACCCAUGUUGACAACUCUGCGCAGCAAAGAUGGCAAGAAGAGUAGCAAGAAAGUUAAGGCUACAUCGAAAAAGGAGAAGGCAAAGCAGCCGGCUGCUUCCAGAGCAGCGGGUCUGGCUUGGGGUAGCAUAUAUCGCGGUGCCUCGGGUGAAAAGCCUGUGAGCGAAACGGCUUUGGCCUCAUCACGCCAAAGCGCCGCCGCCCAUGACCCCAGUUUCCGACGAGAGCCCGAACCACGAUCUAGCCUUGGGGAGGCGCCUUCACCAGCGAGGACUCGUACAUCCCGAGAUCUACCGGGGGAUCGAAUUCCUGCUGCCCAUUGGCGAGAGCCUCUACGUCCGUCUCCGAAGAGGUCCUCCACCCAAACAUUGCCUACCCAGGCGCCAACGCCUCCCCGUGCACCCCGACCGCCAGCUGACAGCCCUAAACUACCACCUCCGUCUCCUGCACUGUCCAUGCCGAACCCGGCCGACUUUGCACCGCAGCCCAAACCAUCUAUUAAACCGAAGCCUGUGGCUUUGCGGUCUUCUUACCAACCGCCAAGCGCCAAUCAUCCAAUACAGUCUCCUAGGUCCGAGGGUACCUCCCGGACGUUGACCCCCCGGCGUGACGUCGAACAGAAUUCACCAAUCGAGAAGCCUCGAAUAAGAUCUGCGCCUCGGAUCCCCAAAAUCGAUGGAGACGCGCGCAAUUCUCCUCUAGCCGGCAGUAGUACUAGUGGCGAUGAUCUCCAUCGUGGGGUGAACCGGUUGGCCAUAUCUCAGAGGAAUGGGGACAGUGUACCACGUCGCAAACCUACUCCAAUAACACGGCGGGAAACACCCCCGUCCAGCGAGCAAGAGACCUCGGAUCACCGGACGAUAGACAGCGAUGCAGAGGAUGAAGAUGAAGAGAACAGUGACGUUGCGAAAAUCAUGGAGAAAUUGCCCAAGGGCAUUGAUCCCCAGUCAGCAAAGCAGAUUUUGAACGAUAUCGUGGUGCGCGGUGAUGAAGUACAUUGGGAUGAUAUAGCAGGGUUAGAAGGAGCCAAAAAGGCCCUCAAAGAAGCAGUGGUCUACCCAUUCCUCCGACCCGAUCUCUUCUCAGGCCUUCGCGAACCAGCCCGGGGAAUGCUCCUCUUCGGACCCCCAGGCACAGGCAAAACCAUGCUUGCACGCGCAGUAGCGACCGAAUCGAAAUCGACCUUCUUCUCCAUCUCCGCAUCAAGUCUCACAUCAAAAUGGCACGGCGAGAGCGAGAAGCUCGUGCGUGCCCUCUUCGGGCUCGCCAAAGCCCUCGCCCCGUCCAUCAUCUUCGUCGACGAGAUCGACUCCCUCCUUUCCGCCCGAUCAUCCGGUUCAGAGCACGAGGCCUCCCGCCGCUCCAAGACCGAAUUCCUCGUCCAAUGGUCCGACCUCCAGCGCGCAGCCGCCGGCCGCGAACAAACCAGCCGCGAGAAAAAGGAAGGCGACGCAAGCCGUGUGCUCGUCCUAGCUGCCACCAAUCUGCCCUGGGAUAUCGACGAGGCCGCACGUCGCCGCUUCGUCCGUCGCCAGUACAUCCCUUUGCCGGAACAACAUGUGCGCGAACAGCAGCUACGCAAACUAAUCAGCCACCAGCACCACGAGCUGAGCGAUGCCGAUAUCCAGGUUUUGGUCCAAGUAACAGAAGGCUUCUCUGGCUCGGAUAUAACAGCCCUCGCCAAAGACGCUGCCAUGGGUCCUCUGCGCAACCUUGGUGAAGCCCUCCUCCAUACGCCUAUGGAUCAGAUUCGGGCCAUUAUCUUCCAGGACUUCGAAGCGAGUCUGUAUUCUAUUCGACCUAGUGUAUCUCCUGAUGGGCUACGGAAAUAUGAGGAGUGGGCGAAAGAAUUUGGUGAGAGAGGUGGAUAG